GGGGGGUGCGGGGGUGUGUGUGUGUGGGGGGGGCUCGAAACCAGAGAGAGAGAAUCCCAAAAAUGACAUCUAGAUUGCGGUGGAGCAGGGAGCGAACGGGACGCCGAGAGAAGAAAGAGCGAAUCUGACGUAAAGGGACGCACCGGGGAGGCGCGGCGCAUUACGCACGGUUUCCAGCUCGGAUGCCUGGCUGCUUCUGACUUUUAUUGCCUCUUUUGGAGAUGUAGUUGCGCUCUUGAGAAAAUCCCAAAGAAGGCAUUUGUUGUUACUAGUUGAUGAGAAAGAGAGAGAGAGAGAGAGAGAGAGAGAGAGAGAGAGAGAGAGAGAGGGGGGCUCCGUUUCCUGUUUGCCAGUAGCGCUGCAGCUGCGCUGGAGAAGCCCCGCAGGGCAGGCUGAACGACCGGUCCUCCUUCCCCGCUUCCAAACCACACGGGCGGUCCGCUGCGAAACUCGGUGUGUGGAGAGUGUGAGAGAGAGAGAGAGAGACACGCGGAGAGAGAGAGAGAGAGAGAGAGAGAGAGAGAGAGAGAGAAAUGUGCGACCUGAUGCCAGCCUCCCAGCCCCCGCAGAAAAUCGGCAAAAUGAAAAAGUUGAGGAGAACUUUGUCGGAGAGUUUCAGGAGUAUUGCUUUCAAGAAAGAGGACAGCGGCUUUGACGAGAUAUGUGUCACGAAGAUGUCCACACGCAGCUGCCAGGGAUCGGACUCGGUCAUCAAGCCCCUGGACACCAUCCCUGAGGACAAGAAGGUGAGGGUGCAGCGCACGCAGAGCGGCUUCGACCCGUUCGAGAAGCCCGUCAGCCAGGUGAAGAGGGUCCACUCUGAGAACAAUGCCUGCAUCGCCAAGGGCUCGUCCACCGGCAAGGAGUCGCCCAAACUGCGCCGCCACUCCAGCCCUAGUUCUCCUACAAGCCCCAAGUUUGGAAAGGCUGAUUCCUAUGAGAAGCUGGAGAAACUGGGAGAGGGUUCAUAUGCUACAGUUUACAAAGGAAAGAGCAAGGUGAAUGGGAAACUGGUGGCGCUAAAGGUGAUUCGUCUGCAAGAGGAGGAAGGGACGCCCUUCACGGCCAUACGAGAAGCAUCUCUUCUGAAAGGCCUGAAGCAUUCCAACAUCGUGCUCCUCCAUGACAUCAUCCACACCAAGGAAACCCUGACUCUGGUCUUCGAAUAUGUGCACACAGACCUGUGUCAGUACAUGGACAGACACCCCGGGGGUCUCCUUCCAGACAAUGUGAAGCUGUUCCUGUUCCAGUUACUGAGAGGCCUGUCCUACAUCCACCAGAGGUACAUCCUUCACCGCGACCUGAAACCACAGAACCUGCUCAUCAGCGACACUGGAGAGCUCAAACUUGCUGACUUCGGCUUGGCCAGGGCUAAGUCGGUCCCCAGCCAUACCUACUCCAACGAGGUGGUGACCCUCUGGUAUCGGCCUCCAGAUGUCCUGCUGGGAUCCACGGAAUACUCCACCUGCCUGGACAUGUGGGGAGUGGGCUGCAUUUUCAUUGAGAUGAUCCAAGGAGUGGCUGCCUUUCCAGGGAUGAAGGACAUCCAGGACCAGCUGGAGAGGAUAUUCCUGGUCAUCGGCACCCCAUCUGAGGACACCUGGCCCGGAGUUCACUCUUUGCCUCACUUCAAACCAGACCGCUUUACAGUGUACAGCGCUAAGAAGCUCAGACAAGCGUGGAAUAAGUUGGGCUAUGUGGACCAUGCCGAGGAGUUGGCUACCAGGUUCCUCCAGUGCUUCCCAAAGAACCGUCUGUCGGCCCAGGCGGCGCUGAACCACGAGUACUUCAGCAACCUUCCUCCACGGCUCUGGGAGCUGCAGGACAUGUCUUCUAUCUUCACCGUACCAAAUGUCAAGCUGCAGACAGAGAGCGGGGACAGCAUACAGGUGUGUGCACGAAGGAACAGCCAUGGCAAGGCAUCCUCUGGCAGCAAGCACUGACCUGAGGCAGCAUCCUGCACACGAUUGCCUGACAGGUGGCUGUUGUAAAAAAAGAAAGGAAAGAUGAAGACAAGAGAUGGAGGAUCCAGACGAAUGGAAGAGCCCCAGUUCUCUUUAUUUAUUACCUUCACAAUAUGCGUGAGCGUGAGUGUUUGUGUGUGUGUGUGUGUGUGUGUGUGUGUGUGUGUGUGUGUGUGUGUGCGUGUGCGUGUGUGCCGUGUGCAUGAGAAAGAGAUUUAGCAUUGGGUAUAGAUAUGAAUGCAUGUGUGCAUUAUGAACGGUACCUAAGAUUUCAGGCUAUCAUUUGCAAAUCAAAUUUUGUUUACUUUUUAUAAGGUUCCAAUAACUCAUAUGUUAUCACAGUAUAAACAAACAGACUUUACUAUUGGUACAUAUUGUGUUUUGUGUUUGUAACUAGCCUCCUAUUUAAGAAUGUAUAUUUGUAUGUAUGAUAUACUCAUCUAGAAACUAUAUAAUGGACAAUUUUAAUAUCGCUUCAUCUUCUUACCACUAUAUUGCUCACGCGAAGACACAACAGACACAUCGAGGAGACAUGCAUACAAGUAAAGCUUGAAAACAAAGACAAUGCAGUCGGUUAAAAAAAGAAUGAUCCUGAAGAGUUACAUUUCAUCUUUCUUACCUGGUUCAACUCUAAUUUGUGGAACCGUAGACAAUAAAAAUAAUGGAGGGCUUUUUCAGGUGGUGCAACUCAUCCUCUGGCAGCCAUAUUGGAGGUCCUGGGUUCUUUGGUGACUGGGAACAGCUGAUGUUGUUUUCAAUGUACAUCUCUGCUGAGGGAUGAACUUAUAUUGUAAUGAUGACAUUUCACUGUUUUUCUUUGACCUUAUCAGCUGACUAAUAGUGCUUUUUGUCAGGUAACGACCACCAUCAACGAAUACGUUUUAAACACUAAAGCCGACAUCUAGUCCGUAAAUAACUAGUAAAUAAAGGGAAGUAGUUGUAUAUGAACAUAUUGUUCUUCGACAGAUAUUUCUCUUCCUCUCUUUAUUUGCCUUCGAGUGGGUGUUUUAGAUAUUUUCCCUGAAGGAAACAAUAUUAUUUGAAAGUGAUCAGAUCAGAUCUGUGUACAGACAUACUGGUUCAUAUCUGCAUCACAAUCCCAGGACGAGCGCUGGGUUAUGAGGCUAAUAUUACCUACUGGCCAAACAGUGGACACAUUUGAGUGUCCGAACUGAGACGAAUCUAUAGGAAUCGGAUUGGAAUCGGAUUUCAAACCACUUCCAAAUAGGGUUUGAAUUUGAUUUGACAAAAGAAAAAUUAUAAUAAUAAAUAUCCCUUUUGAAUUUUUCCACUGGACCUCCAUGAUGGAACUAGAACUGGCUGAGAUGAGAUUUGUGUUGCAACUGAAAAGCCUUUCACAAAUAAAUUAUCUCUGCUGGAGAUGUUGAAGGUGCACACAUAAAACAACAGGGACAGCACCAACCAGUGUGCAAUACAUAAUUGACCACAGCUGUAAGUGUGUGUGUUUGCGUGUGUGUGUGCGCGUGCACGUGUGCGUGUAUUAAACAUGGGCAAUAGCUAAGCAUUGGGGCUUCCAUCCUGGCGAAUGGGCUAAUGUACAAACGGUAAAACACCAAGGCAAUAGGCUGUGUGGCCUGUUGUUUGAUCCAGCCCACGACAAUCCUCCCCUUCACGUUAUCUAAUAACUAUCAAAAGAUCUGCAAUAUUUUAUUAUAAACAAAUGAUCUAUGUCAAUAACUUAAACUUUUUGUUAAGCUCUGGAGUCAAACGUUAAGAUUGAUUCGGAGCUUUUCGUAUCUGACGAUUCAAAAAAUGUCGGUAUGAGUGCUUUUCAGUGAGUGGUAGUGUGUGUGCAGUGUGUGUACUGUAGGUGGUCCCUUCGCCACCGACACGUGCUCUUGUGGGGACACUUCCCGUCCAUGUGUGCCCCUCAACAUCCUACACAUUCUAAAUGUUUUGCAACUUUUUAUGACGAAAGGUCAAAUGUAUAACGUAGUAUCAUCUGCAAAGAAGUUUAUACUGUCUUUCUUUUGAUGUUUUGUGUGAAAAUAUCUGAAUAUUACAGGCUUAAAACGUAUGGUGAUAAUUGUGAAGUACUAUCAAUACAAUGGCUUCCUCUUUAUCAAUCAGUUUGAAACAAUAAUAUUGGCCCUGAACUGUUGAUAAGCCGAUGAGAUGAGGUUGCAAAUGUGGCGUCAUGGAGAAUUAGAAAUUGUGGACACUCUCAAACACACACACACACACACUUACACACUCACACACACUCACUUUAUAAUAUAGAUGUCUUGCCUGCUAGGGUAUCCUUUCUGCACCUACCUGCUUCAAUACAUUAUAAACCUGCAGCCCCUCCAUGCCCCCCUCCUGCUGGUGUUUGCUUUGCAGUCUGUCGCAUUCAAAGAAGGUCAUUUUUAAUGUCUAUUCUUAAUACAUCACUCAUGAAAUGUAAUCAUUCUUCCAUUCUUUACUGGCCAUCAAGUGAUAUUCAUACAGUACCAAAAUUAAUUGCAAAGUUCCACUGUCGCUAAUAUUCGCUGAGUCAGCCAAAUCGAGUGGGUAUCUCCGUCCAGACAAUUGUGUGUAAGUUUAUUGACUGAUAUGAUGGACCAGAGCUUAAAUUGAUAAGCAAUAUAGGAUUAACAUGUGUCAGGUGGCUGGAGGUGUAAGAUGACAGUUGUUUGCUAAACAUAAAAACAUCAUAUGUUGUGCGUGUUUACGAAAGGAAGUGAAAAGUACAAAUUGUGCUAAAAAGAUUUGAAGAUGGAAGAGUUGCAUAGAAAAAAACAAUCAGACUUAGUGAAUAAAUCAGAUGGAACAUGAAGCAGGUGACCUAACCAUCCAUUAAAGCUUCCGCUCCCACUGAAGAGAUGAAAAAUGGCAGCAGAUUGAGGUUGACAUUAAUAGCACCAGAUUGGGGAAUUAGCAUAACCAACUGUUUACCUCGAUGAGUCCCAACUCCUACUAUUUGCAUCACAGUAGUGGAUGGAAACGCGUAUAAUUCUUAAUGCAGAUUUUCUGGAAAUGCAGGUUGCAUUUGUGAUACAUCUGGAUGGAAACUUCCGACUGCUGAAUAUUAAUAUUGGCUAAACUUUGGAAUACAUUUUUGCUCAGAAUAUAGACUGUGGAUUUGUUCCUCUAUCUUAGACAGGGUAGCCACUUGAGUUCAGAUUAUAGCUGUUCCGAUACCAUCCUUCCUGAUAUUGAUUUUCAUACAUGAACUUGUGUAUCGGCCGAUACCGAGUACCGAUCUGAUGCCAGAGCGUUAAAAACACUUUGCCGCUUUACUGGUGGUGACAUUUUGCUAGCAAUGAUGAAACUAGCUAACGAGUGAGCCCGCCUCACUUUCUUGUCAUCUCAUCUCGGUUGAGAGUUGCACAUGCGCUAAUCCAAUCAUACCGGAUACAUACGGAUCGGGUAGCGAGAGUUACUGUAAAGUGUGAAGGAACUGAUGAAUGAGAGGAUAACGUGAUGUCAGAUCGCUGGAUAGACUUGCGCACUCGCCGAUACCCGAUCCAGCAUUUUAGGCUGUAUCAUAGGCAUCAAAAAAACUCUAGUUAAGAUAGACGUGAAAAUAUCUGAACCUAUGCUUUAAUGACUGUGCUCCAAGCCCAGCUUCUUCGACCAAUGAGGCAAAAAUAAAUGAUCAUGUGCUACAACUCUCCCCGAUAGCGUUUUUGAAAAUGCACUUUAAAGAAAAAUCUUUUUGCCCUACAUUCCAGGCUGUAUGGUUACUUUCAUGCACUUGCUUUGCCCUUAAUGAUAAAUAUACAGUAUAUGAGUGCAUAUACUGUAUGUACUGUAUAUACCGUAUAUGUUACCUGUCUUUGCCUGACGCAAAGCAAACCAGCCCUUCUUGCAAAUGUAAAUAUCAUCCCUUGUUUUGAACCUUUAGCACAGAUGGAGGAAAGCACGUGGAAAUGCUGUACUUGAAGUUAUCUCGCGGCUUUUCAGUGUCAUCCCCGGGCUGUGAUUGUGCGGCAGGAAGAAAAAAAAGGGGGGAGGAGAUGGGGCGGGUAAUGCCAGUAAAGCGGCGUGACAGAAGAGGGUUAAUACCAUCGAGCUGUGCGAAGAUUGCCCAGCCUCAUGUGGCUUUAAGGGAUUGCAGGCAGUAUUAGCAGCUGAAUAAUUAUUUUUGGCAUGUUUCUCCUUGUGCAUACUUUCGGCGUGGCACACAUCGCUUUUGUUUGCCCCUCAACACUCUUACUUCUGUAGUCUUGUACAAAAACGUAUAUUUUUUGAGUCCUUUGUGGGCGGAGUUCCGGAAGGCACUCAGUUCGAAGUUGAAUGUUCUUCAAAUAUUUCAAUGAAGUCCAGUGAAGGACAGACUUGGUGGAAUUGCACAUUUAGCACUGUGACAAGGGACUCGAAAAAUGCUCUCAGUAGAAAUGUCAAAGGGGGAAAUCGAUAGGGUGGUGACACAUCUUCCAUGAAGUGAAAUAGUAAUGCUUCCACUAUGUUUUUUGUAUACAGGGUUGCAAAGGUCCCCUUAAUGCUAUCAAAGAUAUCUCACGUAUGAAUAAACAUAUAAGGUGAAUAUAAAUAUACGGCAUCUAUUUUUGCCAUUCUUUAUCAUGUGGCCCGAAGUGGUAUCGGAAAGGACAAACAUUUCGGUUGGAUCCAUCGCGCAUCCUCGCUGUGCUCAACAACGAAUCCGGUGUUUGCAACAUUUUUUUUUCGCAACAAAGCUUCUCUCGCAUUUUAUUUUCUCUUUUUUUUUCUUUUUUUUAUGCUGCACUGAAAACACGUUAUUUUUCUUUCACAAGUGGUUUGGAGAACCCCCGAGUGUCGUCAGUCACUUCACCGAGUGAAACAAUAUAGUAUACAGUAGAAUAGCAUUAUUUGUUACGACCUGUAUGUAAUGUUAUUAUGGAAGAUGUAAUGUCCUUCUGUAAAUGUUGUUUAAUGUUGUUUUACCUGAAAUAAAAAUUUAUUAAUGCUUCA